UCUCUCAUGAUGCGACCUUCGCAAACCAACAAAUCGCAGCCAAUGCCGCUGCCGCUGCCACCUCCGCCACUCUCGCUGCCGUCGACGCCGUCGACCGUCCCGCGAUGGCGAAACCGCAGCGCCUCCUCCUCUUCCUCGUCUUCCUCCGUGUCCACCGCCUCCUCCUCCUUCUCCCCGUCGACGUCCCCCGCCCCGUCUCCUCGCACCACCUCAGCCACUUCCGUGGUGCCCUUUUCGUGGGAGCGCCGCCCGGGACUCCCCAAGAGCAAUCUCGCCGGCCUUAUCUCCUCGUCCAGCGACACCGCGGCCGUUCCGCUCCCACCGCCGCCACUGCGCCCUUCCACUCGCCGCUGCCGGCAGCGCAGACGCCGCCGCGCCCUCGACGCCCCCGCACCUGCACCCGCAGCAGACCCCUUCGCCGCCGCCUUCGUGGAGUGCACAAGGGAAGAAGGCACAGACGACGGAGAUGACAAGCUUUGGCUGACACCGACGACAACCAACUCCAGCCGCAUGGCGCGGCCGUGGCGACUCGCCGGCGGCAGUGUCCGUGUCAUCAGGUUCCUCGACCUGUACGGGUGCAGGAGGGCCAUGGACGUCGCCGACGGUGCUUUCCUUGCUCGCCGGUCCGUCGCACCGCGUCCACGACCAUGACCAGGCCGGGCGGAGUACACAGAGAUAAGUAGCAAUAAUUAACACGUCUGAUCCUCUGCCACCGCGAAAAAUGGCAGAACAAGAGCUUGCUGGGGUCACAUCGAUCAUCUGAUUAGCGUCAUCCGGAGCACGGAUUUCUGAUCAUACGGUUGAGGUGUCAUGAACAGCAUGCGCCACAGCUUAAUUAGUGUGCUUUCGUUUGUUCAUGGAUGCGUGUCUCGAGAAAAGUUUGCUUGUUUCUGGCAACACAGUACUAGUAUAAAAUGUCUUAAAAAAAUAUUCCCUCCGUUUCGAAUUACUUGUCACAUAUAUGGAUGUAUCUAGAUGUAUUUUAGCUCUCUAAAUACAUCCAUUUCUGAGACGAGUAAUUUAGAACGAAGGGAGUAGUAUAAAAUGUCCGGUUGUCUAUUACCACCAAACUUCGUCAAGUGA